AUGAUGAUGGAGGGAUCCAUCGGGGCACCUUUCGGGUACUCUGCGGCCUGGGGCCGUGAAACUGACGGUGAAGGUUCAGAUGGUGAAGUUUGGCUGUAUGAUGAGGCUGCACUGCUACUGCCCAGUGCUCUGAGCUUUCUGGAUUCCGGAAACGAGAACCACGUCAUGACUGUGCAGAUAGACCUGAGCGGGAGAGUUCCUUUCCAGAACGACGUAAGCGACGUGUUCUAUUCAAUGACAGGGGAUGCUGACCUUGAAGAUGUGCAGCUUCCUCGUGAUAUGUGCUACCUGGCGAUUUCUGGGCGUGUGCCACGCGGCAGAUUCCCGCUGUAUUGGCGUCUGCUGGUGUGCACCUUUCCCGAGUACUACAACUUCAAGCAACUGUCAGCGCAACCCAUCGACCCAAGUUCUGAGCCAGCCCAGGUGGCCCUGAUGCAGAAUCCAGUGUGGGUGCUAAACUAA